AUGUCAACUGUGACAAAGCUUCCCGCUGGCGCUGACUUUAUACUCACCCACCACGCAACAUCAUAUGACUACAUUUCACCUUUGAAACUCGACUUCACCGGCAAGCAUGUCCUCAUCACUGGUGCAGCACAUCAAGAUGGAGUGGGGUUUGCUACUGCUACGGCCUUUGCCCGUGCUGGAGCCUCUUUCAUAGCAUGCUGUGAUUUACACGGCAUAUCUGAAGAAGCCAUCAACAAACUGAAAUUGUCCGCCACGCAGGCCAACCGCCAAGAGCCGGUGGUUAUCGGUUACAAGGUUGAUAUUGCAAGUCAGGAUAGUGUCAAGGCCAUGUACGACUCAAUAGUGAAAGAGUUUAAUGGGCGAUUGGAUAUACUUGUUAAUAAUGCUGCACACAUGGAACCGUACAAGCCUUUCCUCGGCUCAGAUCCAGAAACUUACUGGCGAACAUGGGAAGUCAACAUCCGAGGCCUCUUCAACAUGGCCCGAGCAUUCCUCCCAAUGCAGCUAUCAAGCCAUUCCAGGCCCAAUGGUUCUUGCAUUAUGGUCAAUGUAUCAUCAUCAGGCGCCCUGAGCGUUCGUCCUGGCAGCGGGAGUUAUAGAAGCUCCAAACUUGCAGUACUACGAUGGACUGAGUCGCUGCAGGUUGAGUAUGGCGAGCAAGGUCUAUUGACGUUUUGUGUAAAUCCGGGAGCGAUCAAAACGAAGAUUACUGAAGGAGCGCCUGAAAUAGUUAGGAAUGCACUUCCUCAUCAACCUGAUAUAGCUGGUGAUACAAUUGCGUGGUUGGCCUCUGAACGUAGGGAGUGGCUUGGUGGACGAUAUGUAAGCUGCCCGUGGGAUAUGGAGGAGCUUCUUGUUAAGAAGGAUGAGAUUGUAAAAGAGGAUAAGCUUAAGUUGAGGAUGGUCGCAUAA